AUGCAUGACGUACAAUUAGCACGAAUUUAUCCAGAUUCGAAAACGUUCGUGGAUAAGAAACUGAAAUGUACUGAAUCUGAAAUUUUAACCGAUUAUAAAACACUAAAAGACGCUUACAAUGGUGACGUGCCUCCACUGACAGAGUUGGUCAAGUUCAUUGACGAGCACUUAGAAGACGGUGAUGAGUUGGAGGUAUGGAAUCCUCCCGACUUUAGUGAAAACCCAUCGAUCGCUAACCGGAUCAGAGACCAGAACUACAAACAGUGGGCGUUGGGAUUGAACCAGGUGUGGAAAACCCUAGCGAGGAAAGUCAAGGAUGACGUGAGAAUACAUCCCGACCAGUACUCACUGAUAUGGGUUCCAAAUGGAUUUUUUAUACCCGGAGGCAGAUUUAGAGAGCUUUAUUAUUGGGACACGUAUUGGAUUGUUAACGGACUUAUGCUAUGCGACAUGAAGGACACAGCUCGUGGUGUCAUCGACAAUAUCAUAUCGCUGGUGAAUCAAUUUGGUUUCAUGCCGAAUGGUGGACGAUCAUACUACCUAAAUAGAUCACAACCACCAAUGCUCAUAUUGAUGGCAUUGAGUUACUAUAAAGAAACCAACGACUUUGAUUAUAUUAAAAAAAUCCUUCCAGACUUGGAGAGCGAAUUCCAUUUUUGGACGGGAAAUCGGAUGGUGACUUUCGAGAAAGACGGUAAAUCGUAUAGAAUGGCCAGAUAUAACGCACCAUCUAGGGGACCAAGACCGGAGUCAUAUAGAGAGGACUACGAAGUUGCUGAAAAGUUUGAAACUGAAAAUGAGAAAGAUGACAUGUAUACUAGGCUUAAGUCUGGCGCCGAAUCUGGAUGGGACUAUUCGAGUAGAUGGUUUAUAACUACUGACCAAGAUUCCGAACCAAAUCAACUAUCGAAUGUACAUGUGCCAAGUAUUGUACCAGUCGAAUUAAACAGUAUACUAAACCAAAAUGCACGCAUAUUGAGUACAUGGUUUGGCAAGAUAGGAAAUAAAUACAAAUCCAAUAAAUAUUGUAAGGUCGCACAAGAAUUUCUUAAUGGCAUACAAGAAGUCAUGUGGAGAUCGGACAGAGGUGCGUGGUUUGACUGGGAUUUAAUGAAUCAUAAACAUCGAGAAUGUUUUUUUGUAUCCAAUAUCGCGCCUUUGUGGACAGAAAGUUAUAACAUGCCAAAAAAGUCGGUGGCCAAUGAUGUAUUAAGAUAUUUAAGGGAUGAAAGAAUUAUCGAACCAGAUUUCAGCAUAAGUUUUCAUGGUACACCUACGUCAAUGCACGUAUCGUCACAACAAUGGGAUUAUCCAAAUGCUUGGCCUCCUCUGCAAACAUAUAUUAUUCAAGGUCUGGACAGGACAGAAGAAAGCUGCGCACAACAGGUAGCCGCGAAAAUGGCCGAGGUCUGGUUGAGCACUAAUUAUAAAGGAUUUGCAGAGAAAUCGACGAUGUAUGAAAAAUAUCAUGUCGAACUUCCGGGAGAAACUGGUGGCGGUGGUGAAUAUAUUCCACAGACUGGUUUCGGUUGGACAAAUGGUGUCGUGUUAGAGUUCUUAAACCAAUGGUGUUCCGUCAAAACUGACACAGAUGAGCCCUCGAAUAAUGAUGGAGGAAACAAAUCCAUUUUGAAGAGCAGUUUUAAACGUUUCUGUAAAUUGUUGGAUACUAAAAAUUGA